ACUAGUACUAGUAGUAGGUGUCGGCACUUCACGAUCGAUCGUCCUUCGUCCAUUACUUUGUUUUCGUCUCUUUCAAGACUUUGUCCCUGGUCGCUUACAAUUAUUUUUCUAUAGUGAGUGGUCGGCGGUACGCGAGUUGCUGGAAUGGCCGCUGAGGAGAAUGCGGUGUUCACCGCUUUGGGCUUGAACCAGGCUGAAGUGCCCUAUCUGGGUACAUUGGACGUGAAUGAAACAGAGGAUGAGUUGGGUCGAGGCUCAUUUGCUGUGGUGUACAAGUCCAAAUGGUGUGGAUUGAAGGUGGCCGCAAAGGCACUUCAUUCUAUCCUGAUUGAUCGAAGAAACCAAGGACGCGACGUCGUACUGCAUGAUUUUGGAGCAGAGAUUGCACGCAUGGCACGUCUUCGCCACCCGCAUCUGUGUCCCAUUUUCGGCGUGGGCAUGGUCGGAACAACUCCAGCCAUUGUGGUGGAAUUGAUGUCCGACACACUGGAAACAAUGAGCGUUGGUGCACGCAGACAGGACUUGCUUCAGCUGAUGCGCUACAUCGAACACACUGCUGCAGGUCUUCGCUACUUGCACUCCAUCCCGAUGGUGCAUCGCGACUUGAAGCCAAGCAAUGUCCUCGUUGCCAAUAGUGUGGCCAAAAUCACGGAUUUCGGCGUCUCCAAGCUACUGCCUAGCGUUGCCGAUCAGUUCCGUGAAGCCGCUCAGUCCAUGACCCGACAGCCUGGCACACCGUUAUUCAUGCCGCCAGAGGCGUUGCAAGAGACGGAAUCUGGCCGAGCAAGGUACGAUCUUUCGCUUGACGUCUUUUCGUUCGGAGUGACGGCAAUGAGCGUGCUGAGCGGUGUGAUGCCCUCCAUUGAGCUCAUGUUCGCAGCAAGAUCGCGCCAGGCAGCUGACGGCAGCCUCGUUGCUAUACCCGAGCUGGAGCGGCGACGCGCGGACUUUGCUCGCAUCCCUGACGGCCACCCGCUGAAGGACCUGCUGAGACGCUGUCUUGCUGACCCACCGGCCCGUCGACCAGAUGCAGUGGAGAUUCACGAAUUCGUCCAGGGUGUUGUUCAGUUCUUGUCCUCAUUGCCGCAGACUGCAUCUCCACUGGAAGAAUCUCUGGGUGCUUCUGCAGGCCUCGUUACCACUAUACUCGACACUGUGAGGAGUGUGUCAACUGCCGUACGGGAUCUCUCCACAUCUCAGCAGCAACUAGGCACCAGGUUGGAAAAUCUCUCUGCACAGGUUGAAGUCACCAACAACCGCAUGACUCAGGUCCAGCAGGAGGUCUCUGCUGAAGCUCGCACAACCAACGACAAGAUGGAUGAAAUACAACUGGAAGCCCGGACUACCUAUGAACAAGUGGCACAGCUGAGCGACACAAUGGCGAGAGGUGAACAAGAUACAACUGCAGCAUGUGAACGCAUAGUGGAAAUGCAAAACCAGACCAACACAACUGUCCGUCAACUACAGGAGCAAAGUGCUACAACCUCCACAAGCAUUGGACAACUACUGGAGCACCAGCAAGACACUAGUGAUAAGGUUUCACGUGUCUCAGCAGCUGUUACCACAAUUCAACAAGGUGAACAAGAUACAACUGCAGCAUGUGAACGCAUAGUGGAAAUGCAAAACCAGACCAACACAACUGUCCGUCAACUUCAGGAGCAAAGUGCUACAACCUCCACAAGCAUUGGACAAAUACUGGAGCACCAGCAAGACACUAGUGAUAAGGUUUCACGUGUCUCAGCAGCUGUUAUCACCAUUCAACAAGCUCAAUCUGACAUGCGCAGUGACUUGGAUGGAAAAAUCGGCGAUGUGCAGUCAUCAGUUACUGCUGUACCACCUACCGUGGAAGUCAUUGUCAAAAAGGUUGCAACACAAAAUCACUAUAGGUCCAUCCACAAUAGCUGUACAUCAUUUGGUAGCAAGGGUAAUGGCAGGGUGCAGUUCACUGAUCCAUAUGGCAUCACAAUCAGCAACGAUGGAAAGGUCUUUAUUGCUGAUCUGAGCAAUCAUCGGGUGAAGGUCACCACACUGGAUGGUACAUACAUACGCGAUAUAGGCAAACGAGGCAGUGGUAAUACUGAAUUCAACUAUCCCGCUGAUGUAGCUGUGGAUGACGAUGGUGAUCUUGUGGUGGUUGACAACAGCAACCAUAGACUGCAGGUCCUACAUCAGGAUGGGUCUUACGUGAAAACGACUGGUAACGCUGCUAUCGGUGACUCGUAUGGUGUUGCAGCACUGUCUCUGCCCCAGCAUGGUAUUUGUUAUGCUGUAACCAAUAUCAAUGACGGUUGUGUGAGAGUGUUUGAGAAAGGUGGAAGGCAGUUGAACAAGUUUGGUACUAAAGGAAGUGGACCAGAAGAGUUCAACCACCCACGGGGUAUUAUCUCGUCCAACGGCAGAUUGCUGGUUGUGGAUGAGAUGAAUCACCGUAUCCAGGUUUUCACUACUGAUGGAAACUUCAUUACCAUGUUCGGAUCAGAGGGAGAGUCAGAUGGUCAGUUCAAGUACCCUCGGUAUAUUGCCGAGGAUAGGCAUGGACACGUUCUGGUCACUGAUAGAGACAACCACCGUGUUCAAGUGUUCACUUCUGACACAUUCUCUCACGUGGCUACCUUCGGUUCAAGCAGUUGUCUUACUUAUCCGCACGGCAUUGCAGUAUCACCCAGUGGUACUGUGUAUGUUAGUAACUAUAGGAAACACUGUAUCACAAUGUUCUAACUGUUGUCCUGGAGCAUCUUGUUUCUUGUUCUACACUAAUGUUUCUCACUGCUGUGAAACAUGUACAGGACCAGUAUUAGCAGUUUUGUUUGCUCAGGCUUUACUAUAGUAUUUCAGUUUUGGUUGUGUAACACAUCGAGUAUGCAUAACCUUGCCAGUAGCUAACAUGUAUUGUGCAGGCGAACAGUAGAUCCAGCCAAGUCCUGACCGACUGGAGCAGUUCCAACAUGCCUGAUUAAGAUGAUGAACUGAUGAACAUUGCCAAUUACUGUUUAUCAUACUUGCAUGAUUGAAUGCGUGCUUGCAUAUGUGUGUAUGUGUGUGUGUGCAUUUGUUUGUGUGUGUGUGUGUGUGUUUGUGUGUAUGUGUGUAUGUGUGUAUGUAUGUGUGUGUAACUAUGUAUGUUCGUAGGAUAUGUGUAUGCAUGUGUAUGCAUGUGUAUGCGUCUGUGUAUGCAUGCAUUUGCUUAUGAACUCCUGCACUGAGUUGUAUAUCUACAUGGUACUUGGAUCACUCUCAUUUUUACAAUCCUAUUCUCGAUGUGCAGAGGAUGAUUCUAUUGAUUGUGUUAGCUGCGUGCUCUUUUUCCUUUCUCUGAAAAUCUAUUGCAUUUCAGCGAAAUGUCUCGCUCUGUGUCGCAAUACAUCAUAGAGUUUUUAAUGUCACUUUUAGGAUACAAUGAAGAAUGUGCAGAAUGUCUGAGGUCCUGUUUUCUUUUAUCAUGUUUUGUGGUGUUUUCUGUUAGUAUCUUUAUUUUAGAAAUGUUUCAAAACAAAUAACUUCUGCAUACCCUUGUUUGAUCUGAAGAGAUGCAGUAUUGUUAGUUGUCUGAUGAUUGCCUAUGGAGUAUAGCCAUGAAACUCUUUGUUAUAACGAUAA